UUGAAUUGUGGUCUAAGUGAUUAUUUAAAGUUGUGUUUACAAUAUUAUACUACUAUUUUCACGUUUGCUCGGGUCAUUACGGCACGAGACAUUUGUGAACAUUUCUCAGUUUUAAAUAACAAAAACAAGAGUAGAAUUUAUUUUUAAGCCUUAGCAGACAUGAAUGCCACGCUUGUUGUGCUUAUUUGCCUGAGCUUCUUAUUCGUCUUGUUCGUGCUUGGUGAAAAAGAAGACUUCGUCAGUGAUCGAGAAUGUCCGUUUCUUUGCACGUGCCACGAAUAUGACGUCAAUUGUUCGAAUACGAAUAUUUUCCCGGAAGGAAUUCCUAAAAUGACGGAAAGGUUUUUCCUUUCCGACUCUGUCAUCGAUUACGUUCCGAUUAAUGCAUUUCUGGAUCUACCCUUUCUGCAAGAGAUACAUUUCCUAGGCUGCAACAUUGUAAAACUUCGCGCAUGCUCAUUCGCUGAAUUAGAGAACAUGACUAAAAUUUCGUUUCAAAACUCUAGUAUAGAUCAAAUAGAGGGAAACGCAUUUUCAAAUCUUUAUAACAUUUCGAUUAUCCAGUUUGCCGGAUCAGCAAUAGGGGACAUGUUCUCGUAUUCAUUCCACAAUGUGAACAAUGUUGAAAGCGUUGAUUUUUAUAAUACAAAGAUUUCAACAAUACAUCCAUUGGCAAUGAAAACUUUUGCACACAUUGGUGAGAUAGGCCUAGUGGAUUGCACCGUGGACAGGUUCCUCGUCAAUGGAUUCUCAAGUCUCACAAAUAUAACGCUCAUGUACAUGAGUAAUUCAGUUAUAAACGAAUGGCAGUGUGGAUCAAUAGCAAGCGUCCUUGCGUCGGGCUAUGACUUCGACAUAACGAGAUCGAGUUUUGUUUGUGACUGUAAACUAGCGUGGCUCUGGACAAAACAUCCAACUCAUGCUAUUUUUAACGAUCGGUUAAACAACAAGUGCAAGAAAACUGACGAUGUCUUGUCAAAGGUUGAUAUCGACCAGUUUUGCCCAACAGAAAAGUCACGUGAGCAAGGCUGCCCGCCGCUGAUUCCAUCUACACCCCAUAUCUGUUCUCGAAGUUUUGAUUCACCUAUGAACCCCAUUGAAAAAGUCACCUACCCAGCGUCAUUUACUAGAACAUCCACCUCAUCGGCUGUAUCUGUAGUGAAAAUAAACCUCAAAGUAAUUUUGACUAUAUUUUUCACGAAAUCUUUCCAAUGGCUUCUACAUUAGAACUCCAGAUUCUACAGCAUUGCGCUUUAACAGUUCGCCAUUAAUAUUACGUGAUAUGUGCAGACAUAUAAGGAACCAGCUCAGAUUUGGAAAUAAAAUGGCGGCUUUUCCGUUUUGAAAAAUGGUUCCUCGAAAAGUCAUUUAACUUGUAUAUAAUGAUCUCCGAAAAUUUGAAAGUCAGACUGGUAAAAACUGUGUAAAAAGGUGGAAAUCUUUUAAUUUGUUGAAUUUCUUAAAGAAUGUGUCAUAAUUCAAAUUCAUCAAUAUAAGGGAAGUUUAAAGUUUACGUGCCAAUAGUAUAGAGCCUGGUCAGUCCGGUGUCAAAGGUUUCAGCAGGUUAAGGAUUGGUCAAAUAUAAGAAAGGGACUGACAAUCUUUUCAAGACAGAAGAAACCACGACCAGACGUUUCCUUGAAACUCCUCUUCUACCGUUUUUUUUAAUUUUUAUUUUUUUAUUUGACUUCUGAGAGAUUUUCAGAUCUACAAGAAGAGUUUUGAUGAGCUAAAUACAUGUAUUUUUCAUGUAUCUUUUAAGAGACAUUAUUACUGUUUCUUCAUGACUCUGGGCGAUUUUACGGUAUGUGACAUGAAUGAUUGAUAUGAAUAUGUGACAUGAACGUGUGACAUGACUUUGCGACAUGAAUGAGCAGCAUGAAUGUUUGAUAUGAACAUGUAAUAUGACUAUGUGAUAUGACUAUGUAGAAUAUAUGUGCAGCAUGAAUUUGUUACGUGACUAAAUACAUUGAAAUGUGAAGAUAUGAAAUUUUUAAGUGUUUAUAAUAUAUUUAUAAACCAUGGACAAGUGUGAAUUGCAUAUAUAUACUUCCGUAUAUAUUGUAUUUACUAUUUAGUUAGUGUGAUUUUUUGGAAUGUGUAUGGUACAGUUAUUAAUAAUUGUCACCGGAAACUGCCAUACAGUAUAUACAUUUGCAAUUUCUUCAACAGUGUGUGUUUAAGUCUUUCAAUAAUAUGUUUAAAAAUUGGUAGGUACUGUAAAAGAGAGUGUUAUCUAUGUUCAUAUUAUAUAUCAGUGUAUUAAACAUAAACCUAGCGAAAUAUCAUGGUCGGGCACUCCCAUUAUAUUUCCAAACAACAACAACAACAACAGUUCUCAAAGGUCUUCCUAAAAUUUAAUGGUGUACUGGUAUGGCCAGUGCAAUAGUCUCAAUAUUUCGACUGCAAAACCGACCGAUUUUACAAAAUGAUAUUACAUAGAUGUCGGUCUUUAAGAGCGGAGAGCGACCAUCGUCUAUAUAACUAGAAAUGUGUCGUCACGCUACGGAUGCCUUCGCAUGCAGCCAAAAUUUCCGAUGUAACAAUAUUUAGUUCCAAAUGUGUAUUCAUUUUAAGUUCAAAGCCAUUAAAACUAUUCAAUGUAAACAAAACAUUUCCACAAAAGUAUGAGUGCUGAAACUGAAAACUCAAACUUUUUCCAACAUUCAAGAGAGAUAACUUUGUCCAAAAUCAUGACCAAAUUCGAACUUGAACUGCUUAUUCCUAAGAUGAAUCUAUAUGUUAAAUUUGAGUUCAAUUUGUAUAACCAUUAGGGAGAUAAUGAACGGAAACUAAAAAGUUCAAGAGGGAUAUAAUUCAUUUUUUUGUAAUCUAUAACUCUGUCAGCUUUCAUCAAACCAUGACCAAAUUCGAACUUGACCAGUGUAUUCUUAUGACAUAUCCAUAUUUUAAAUUUGAGUUGAAUAUGUACAACUAUUGGGGAGAUAAUGAACGAAAUUGAAAAUUUCCUAUUUUCAAAGUGAAAGGGGCAUAACUCUGCCAAAAAUCAUCGAACCAUUACCAAAUUCGAACUUGACCUGCGCAUUCCUUUUACGUAUCCAUGAGUCAAAUUUGAGAUGAAUGUGUAAUACCGUUAGGGAGAUAAUGGACAGAAACUGAAAAUUUCAACAAGGGGAAUAACUCUGCCAAAAAUCAUCGGACCAUGACCAAAUUCGAACUUGACGAUAUAUCCAUAUGUCAAAUUUGAGUUAAAUGUGUGCAACCGUUAAGUACUAAGAUAAGAACGUAAACUGAUGAUGACGGAAUGACGGAGCAGUGUAACACUAUAUGCCCUAGCCAUUUUAUGGCGGGGCAUAAUAAUUAAAAAGCCAUAAAGCGCACAAUUUGUUGGGCGAGCCAGUGUACCAAACCAGUCCGUAUCAUCCCAACAGUCAAUCGCAACUUUUCGGCAUAUUCCGUUAGUCUUAUUGAUAAUAGCCGAAAUGUUCCAAUUGCGCUACAAUACUUUAUCCAGAAAUGUUGUUCGUACAUCCCAGUUUCUAGUGAAGAUAAGUGAGCAUUAAAAGGACACAUACUUGUAGUAGCUUUAAAAUGAAUAAAGUUGAACUUUUGGAAGGAUACUUUUAUAAACACCAAUCAAUAGGGAUACAUAUGUCUUUUUAU